AUGGGUUUAAGUGGAAAACCAAUAUUAAUUGAUGGAAAAGACCAUCUUCUUGGACGGUUAGCUUCAGUGGUUGCUAAACAACUUUUAAUUGGUCAGAAAAUUAUCGUUGUUCGAUGUGAAGAAUUAGCAAUUUCGGGGAAUUUCCAUCGAUCAAAACUAAAAUACUUGAGUUUCUUGCGAAAACGUUGUAAUGUAAAGCCAUCUCGUGGACCUUUUCAUUUUCGUGCACCAAGUAAAAUAUUCUGGAGGACUGUUCGUGGUAUGUUGCCGCAUAAAACUUACCGUGGUAAAUGUGCUUUAUUACGCUUGAAGGUUUUUGAUGGAAUACCGCAGCCGUAUGAUCGUGUAAAGAGAUUCGUUUUACCAGCAGCGAUUCGGCAUCUUGCUUUAAAACCUCGUCGAAAAUAUUGCACAGUUGGACGACUCGCACAUGAAGUUGGAUGGCAUUAUAAAGAUGUUGUCGCUAAACUGGAAGCUAAACGAAAGAUAAAAAGUGCAGUAUUUCAUCAACGUAAGAAGACAGAAGAAAAACUUCGAGCUCAAGCGCUGCAGUCGGAUGCGGUGAAAAAUUCGUCUUAUCAGAAGAUCAUUGACUCAUUUGGCUAUAACUGA